AUGCGCGCGUCGACGACCGCGCCGGCGUUCGCGCGGCCGGCGCGCGCGCGACGCGCGUCGCCCAAGUCGCGCGCGAACGCCGGCGUCGACGUCCCGACGCUGCUGAACAACGUGCCGCACGCGCGCGCGACGCGGCGAUGGUUUUACGAGGACGCGACGAAGUCGAUCGUCGCCGCGGUGACGGCGCGCGAGCGACGCAUCAAGAUCAAGAGCGAGUUCCCGGAGCUGAACGUAAACGGUGACGUGUAUCGCGUCGGGACGACGCUGGAGCUCGUGCGCGAGACGGCGGCGGCGCUGGCGCGCGACGGGUUGCGAGUGAAGAUUUGCGUGCAGCGAAGCAUGGGACAGGGAGUGUUUCAAGCGCUGCCGCUGAGCCUGAGCGGGGUGUCGAAAUUGCUCGGGAUGAUGGAUUGGGAACCGGGGACGGAGGGAAUGAUCGACCCGAGCGGUGGGAUCGGCGCGGCGGACGGCGAGGGGGCGGAUUGUUUCAUAUUGGUGCAGCCGCAAAACAUCGUGGGGUACUCGGUGCUGCCGUACAUCGAGGAGAUGGAGGCGGUCGUGGGCGAUAAGCCGAUGAUCAUGAUUAAUCCGAGGUUGGACGACGUGCAGUCCGCGGGGAACGUGAUGUCGGUGCGAGGGAGGAAGGAGCGCAUGGACGCCGUCGCGGCGUGGAAGGAGGUGUACCAUUUUCGGCUGUUGUAUCGCAAGCCGUAUUUUUUCCCAAUUUACGGCGCCCUGCGCUUCGCGUACUACGAAAACGAGUGGGAGUUGUACAAGCGCACGGGAGCUCGUGAAUUAGAACAGUACGUGUUGCUGGGCACGUACCCGAGCGAGCCGACGCCUGACGAGAUGACCAAGAAAAUUUGGGGCUGA